GCAACCCCUGGGGAUGUGGAAUGGCACCAUCAAAGACAGUCAGUUAGUUGCCUCCUCUUCCUCCUCCAACAACGGCAAGGAAAAGGCUAGGUAUCUCUGCUGCUUUGGCGAGACGAAAGGAGCCUGGUGCCCAGAUAAGGAUGACAGAGCGCCAUACUAUGAAGUUCACCUUAACAAGCCCUACCUGGUUGCUAUGAUCAUGUUCGAACAUCCCAACACCCUCAACUACUGGGAAGUGCCAGACUCGUUCCUCAACACCUUCACGCUGCAGUACAGGAACGUCUACCAGGAUGCCAUGGAGACAUAUGCUGUGAAUAUUGACGCCAUCUACAACUCCAGUAUAAGCCUGUCCCCCAUGUUUGACCCCUUCAUUCUGACUGACGUCAUCAGAAUAGUCCCAAGCAAAUGGACCAACGAACCAUGCUUCCGCUUCGAAAUCAUCGGCUGUGACCCUGACCAGGGCCCAGUGGACAACCCGCUUCCAACCACAAAGAGUCCCUUCUUCAACCCGGGUGUCAUCGUAGGCAGACGUAAGAGAGGGAUUUACUUUAACCGUCCUGCGAACACUUUCCCAUAGUCGUCUCCGGGUUGGGUUGUGGCCGGAAGACAAACGUGGUCAGCGUGAUGUGUGUGGCUUCAUCAUGCUGCAUGCAACACGUUGUAGAUGUUUCUUGUGUAACGAUACAAUCAUGUGUUCACGCAUAAAGUGAUUCAUCAUGGGUUGAAUGAUCUUUUCCUACUCCUGAAACAUCACUGAAUCAUGUCCAGUGGAUAAACUGUACAAACUAAAACAAACGUACGCGCCAGCGUUUGACUUGAUGCGUGUAUACAUGGACUGUACAUGUUAUAUUGAUAGAUUGUAAAUGAUGUUUUAUUACCAGAAGCAAAUACAUUCUCUGUGUCUAUAAACAUUUCCUGAGCAUUAUCAACAUUUACAUGAUUAAAUACCUUACUUU